AUGACAGCAAACGACUCAGUCAACAUCGAGUACUGGCGGUGGACGGUGCCUCCAGUCACCGCAUCACCGGUACUUGGCCCUCCACAACGAUUGAUGCCGGGGGAUCACAAUCUGCCGGAGGUCAAAGAUUUGAACCAGACUGAACUGUUGCGAGAAGAUAAAGCCGGCAUCAUGCCUAAAGUGGAAGACAUUUUAAAAGUUGACGGAAGCGGAGAAUUGUGUAGAGAAUUAGUGAAAAAGUUCUUUCUUCCGGAAUUCUUCUUUCGAAGACUAGGCUGGAACGCAAAUGGAAUGUUUGGUAGCGCUGAAAAUCUGUCACAAACUGAUAAAGAAUCAAGCUACGACCUCAGAGAUUGGAAGAAAGAGCCAUUUUUGAUGCUAGAAUCUGCACUGAGUAUCGUUGUGGACCAGUGUGAGGAAGAUCUGUGGAGUUUCCAGAAACCAGUGCGGGAUAUAGAGAAGACGCGUGGCCAAGAGGUAUUCAAACAAACAAGUUCUUUUGACAAUGACGAGACAUUCGAGUUCCUCGUCAAGCGAUACACCCGGCUUCAUGAAUUAUCACGACAUGUGAUUCAUAUCUCCGAGACGAUGGAUGCGGCCUCUAGCAAUCUUGGUGCUAUUGUGCGAGACCACGAUCUAUGGACUAGGUCAAAUACUCCUUCCUCUGCGGCAACAAAGCGACUAUCGAAAGCGCUUCUGCUUCGUGAAAACAUGAUCCACAAUCUGAAUUUCCGGGCCAAGGCAUUUGUGGGUCGGAUGGAUAAUGAGAUCAAGUGUGCCUCCAACUUCGUUGCCGUCGCCGAUAGUAAUAUCUCCAAAGGUAUUCUCAAGCAAACUCGGAAUGAAGGAAAAGUAUUGUCUGACACCGUGUCUGCCCUAACUUUGCUGUUUUUGCCGAGUACUUUCAUCUCGGGAUUCUUCGGAAUGAAUUUCUUCACUCUCGAGAGUAACCAGACAACGCAAAAGUUACAGUGGGAGACGCAUCCAAAGAUUUGGAUUUUCUUCGUUUGCGCAAUUCCAAUUACGAUAUUGGGCUUUUUCAUUUUCAUGAUAGAAUUCAACUUGGUUGUUUGGAUCCAGGACAUGCAAGCCUUCAUACGUGACAUCUUCUGUCAAGGAACAGGGCCAGACCCUGAGAACCCCAGCCCUAGGAGUUCGAUCCCGUCAGAUAAACCAAGAAGGUCUUACAGGAGUUUUGGUUUCUCCAGACGUGCUAGUUUGCGCCCUACACCCUAG